CAUUACUAGCUGUCCUUAUAUGACCUUGGAGACACGUGGCAUACAGAAAAUUCCAUAUCAUACAAACUUUAUUUAUAUAGAAUAAUCUUCCAACAAAUGAAUAAAUUGGAUCUAAAUUCAUCUUCUACAAUGGAGCAACAAAAGGAUUCACAACCAAAGUGGGAAGCAAAAGUCUCAACAACAUUACAAAAGGCAAGUUCAAACCAAAUAUUUUCUCUUUUCAAAGAUUUUUUUGGCCUAAACAAAUGGUUUCCUAGCUUGUCAACAUGUUAUGGCAUCCACGGCGAAAAUGGCGAGGUCGGUUGCAUACGAUAUUGUACCGGAUUCUCUCUCCCUCCGGAGAGUGGUGGUGUUGUCACCGGAGAAGCCCCGGUGAGCGGUUGGUCCAAGGAGAGGUUGGUGGCUAUUAAUCCAAUUGAGAGGAUAUUAAGUUAUGAAAUGGUGGAUUGUAACAUUGGGUUUAAGUCAUACUUUUCAACGGUCAAGAUUGUUCCAAAUGGAGUUGAUGGUCAAGAUGGAUGUGUGAUUGAGUGGUUUAUCACCGUUGAUCCAGUUGAAGGGAUGAGAUUGGAGGAUUUGGUCAACAAGUCAGAAGUUCAGAAGUUUUUUAUUUAGGAAGGAGAAUGGAAAGGAGAAAAUCGAACUCUUACCAAUAAGGUGAGAGUUCUGUAGUUAGUAAUUGAAUUACUAAGAUUCUCCAUUCAAAAGUUUUUUUAUUUCCUAGGUCAUAUGAAUUCAACUUAAUGAAUUCACCAGACACAAUUAAUAGAAAUCAUGUAGCAUUACAUUUAAA